AUGGCAGACAAUGAACAAAAAGCUAUGCAGUUAAUGGCGGAAGCCGAGAAAAAAUUAAGUUCAUCUAAAAGUUUCCUUGGAUCUCUUUUUGGGGGAUCAUCAAAAGUAGAAGAAGCAGUUGACUGCUACCUCCGAGCAGCUAACCUAUUUAAAAUGUCAAAGAAAUGGGCACAGGCUGGUCAAGCAUUCUGCAAUGCAGCACAGUUGCAUCUGAAGGCUGGUGUACGUCACGAUGCAGCCACUAACUUUGUUGAUGCCUCCAACUGCUAUAAAAAAUGUGAUCCUAAUGAGGCGGUCUCUUGUCUUUUGAAGGCCAUAGAAAUCUACACUGACAUGGGCCGGUUUACUGUCGCAGCGAAGCAACAUCAGAACAUUGCGGAGUUGUACGAGACGGAAUGCGUGGAUUUGGCCCGCGCAAUGCAGCACUAUGAACAGGCGGCGGAUUACUUCCGCGGCGAGGAGUCCACAUCCUCAGCGAACAAGUGCAUGCUCAAACUGGCACAGUACGCCGCCCAGUUGGAACACUACGACAAGGCCAUACAGAUCUACGAGCAGAUUGCGAAGUCGUCCCUGGACAAUAGUCUGCUGAAGUACAGUGCAAAGGAGUACAUGUUCCGAGCGGCCUUGUGCCACCUGUGCGUGGACUUGUUGAAUGCACAGCAUGCGCUCGAUAAGUACGUCGGCCUCUAUCCAGCCUUCGCGGAUACGCGCGAGUACAAACUCGUCAAGGAGCUCAUCGAGCACUUGGAAGACCAGAACGUGGAGGCAUUCACCGAGGCGGUGAAAACCUACGACAGCAUAUCGCGCCUCGACCAGUGGUACACCAGCAUCUUGGUUCGCAUCAAGAAACAGAUUAACGACAAUCCCGACCUGCGUUGA